UUAAUACCUAUUCGCUCAAGUGUUAGUAAUCACAAAGGAAUGACUUUGGGAUUUACCUUAUAUACACCGACAAUGUAAUUUUUUACACCAUUAACGAAUUUUAACAUGUGAUAGCAAAUCAGUUAGCAUUUUUACCAAAUUAUCAAUUAAUGCUUAUUUAGAGAUUUACUUGUAGGGGAAUCUUAGUAGCUCAGUUGGUUGGCUACUUGAACAUUCACCUUGUUAGUGAAGAUUGACCAUACUGCAAUAGAGUUUUGGUGUUUCUGUUGUGGGUCAUUGGAAGUCCUUGGGUCAACUCUGUGUAGCUUCUCCUUUUGUGAUUUUGAAACUGCUCCUCGAGGAUCAUGAACAGAAUGGUGACACCUAUGCGCAGUUCAAACACCAGACGGCGAAAUGAAAUGAUGAGGCUUCUUGUAACAUCCUUUGCUGGAGUUGUGCUUGGCAUUUUCUUAGGCGUAUCGUUUCCUACACUUUCAUUUACCAAGUUGAACUUACCUUCUAAUCUUUUCGGAUUAAUUGAUCUCUCUUUCAUUGAGGACAAGUAUUCAGGCCUCUCAACUCAAGAUCUAUUAAAUGCCUGGUCUUCCCUGAGGAGCCACAGAGGCAAUUCACACAAGCAUAAUGACACAAAGAUUUGGGUUCCAUCAAAUCCUCGAGGUGCUGAGAGGCUACCACCGGGUAUCACUGCAUCUGAGUCUGAUCUUUAUCCUCGAAGGUUGUGGGGCCUACCCCGUGAGGACUUGAUUAUCAAACCUAGGUAUCUUGUCUCCUUUGCAGUUGGCUACGAGCAGAAAAAUAACAUCGAUGCGGCAGUCAAAAAGUUUUCAGAGAAUUUUACCUUUAUGUUGUUUCACUAUGAUGGUCGAACAAGUGAAUGGGAUGAUCUUGAGUGGUCCAAGCGGGCUAUCCAUGUUAGUACACGAAAACAAACUAAAUGGUGGUACGCAAAACGCUUUCUGCAUCCAGACAUUGUAGCACCGUAUGACUAUAUAUUCAUCUGGGAUGAAGACUUGGGGCUUGAGAAUUUUGAUGCGGAGGAAUAUAUAAAGUUGGUGCAGAAACAUGGUUUGGAUAUUUCGCAGCCUGGUGUAGCAUCAAACAUUGAGUUGGCAUGGCGGAUGGCAAAAAGACGUAAUGACACUGAAGUCCACAAGGAAACGGAGGAAAGACCUGGCUGGUGCACUGAUCCGCAUUUGCCACCAUGUGCAGCAUUCGUUGAGAUCAUGGCACCUGUUUUCUCUCGAGAGGCAUGGCGGUGUGUUUGGUAUAUGAUCCAGAAUGACUUGGUCCAUGGAUGGGGUCUUGAUUUAGCUCUCAGGAAAUGUGUGGAACCAGCACAUGAAAAGAUAGGAGUUGUAGAUUCUCAGUGGAUUGUGCAUCAGACUGUUCCUUCACUUGGGGAUCAGGGACAAGCAGAGCAAGGCAAAGCACCUUGGGAAGGGGUAAGAGAAAGGUGUAAAAGAGAAUGGACAAUGUUCAAGGAGCGUAUGGCUGCUGCAGAGAAAGACUAUUACAAGGCAAAGGGAAUUGAUCCCCUUAAUUCUACAUCUCAUUAGGUGGAAAGUUACAUGAUUAGGAUGCCAGACACUUCUUUAUGGAUUUUAGUUAUAGACACUGACAGUACUAACGAUGUUUUACACUGUUAGUAGUAACAAGUUUACUUACCAUUUUUACUAGCUUACGAAUAAAUGCUUUUACUUGUAAUUUACCUUAUAAGUGA